AUGCAGUACACCUACAACUAUGAAGAAGAUGAGUACAUGACCCAAGAAGAAGAAUGGGACAGGGACCUGCUCCUGGACCCAGCAUGGGAGAAACAGCAAAGGAAGACAUUUACAGCCUGGUGCAAUUCCCACCUCAGGAAAGCAGGCACGCAGAUUGAGAACAUUGAGGAGGACUUCAGAAAUGGCCUCAAACUGAUGCUCCUCUUGGAAGUUAUCUCAGGAGAAAGACUGCCGAAACCAGACAGAGGGAAAAUGCGCUUCCAUAAAAUUGCUAAUGUCAACAAAGCUCUGGAUUAUAUCGCCAGCAAAGGAGUAAAACUUGUGUCAAUUGGUGCAGAAGAAAUUGUUGACGGCAAUGUGAAAAUGACACUGGGUAUGAUCUGGACUAUCAUCCUUCGCUUUGCUAUUCAGGAUAUUUCAGUGGAAGAGACCUCUGCCAAAGAAGGGCUGCUGCUGUGGUGUCAAAGAAAAACUGCUCCUUACAGAAAUGUGAACAUUCAGAACUUCCAUCUUAGCUGGAAAGAUGGCCUUGGAUUAUGUGCACUUAUCCACAGACACCGACCUGAUCUUAUUGACUACUCCAAGCUAAAUAAGGAUGACCCCAUAGGAAAUAUCAACCUUGCCAUGGAAAUUGCUGAAAAGCAUUUGGAUAUCCCUAAGAUGUUGGAUGCAGAAGAUGUAGUAAACACUGCCAGACCUGAUGAAAGAGCCAUUAUGACUUAUGUUUCCUGUUACUACCAUGCAUUUGCUGGUGCUCAGAAGGCUGAGACUGCAGCUAACCGGAUCUGUAAGGUGCUUGCCGUGAAUCAGGAAAAUGAGAGGUUGAUGGAAGAGUAUGAGAGACUAGCAAGUGAGCUUUUAGAAUGGAUUCGCCGGACAAUUCCUUGGCUGGAAAACAGGACCCCAGAGAAAACAAUGCAGGCUAUGCAGAAGAAAUUAGAGGAUUUCCGGGACUACCGCCGCAAACACAAACCUCCCAAAGUCCAAGAGAAAUGUCAACUGGAGAUCAAUUUCAACACCCUGCAGACAAAACUGCGAAUCAGCAAUCGGCCAGCUUUCAUGCCAUCAGAGGGAAAAAUGGUUUCAGAUAUUGCCGGCGCUUGGCAGAGACUUGAACAAGCUGAGAAAGGCUAUGAAGAGUGGCUGCUGAAUGAAAUACGAAGACUGGAAAGACUUGAACACUUGGCUGAGAAAUUCAGGCAGAAGGCUUCUACUCAUGAACAGUGGGCAUAUGGCAAAGAGCAGAUCUUACUUCAGAAGGAUUAUGAAUCUGCUUCUCUGACAGAAGUCCGUGCCAUGUUAAGGAAACAUGAAGCUUUUGAGAGCGAUUUGGCUGCUCACCAGGACAGGGUGGAACAGAUCGCUGCCAUUGCCCAGGAGCUGAAUGAACUGGACUACCAUGAUGCUGCAAGUGUCAAUGAUAGAUGCCAAAAGAUAUGUGACCAAUGGGACAGCCUGGGAACACUUACUCAGAAAAGGAGAGAGGCACUGGAGAGGACGGAGAAGUUGCUUGAAACAAUUGAUCAGCUUCAUCUGGAGUUUGCCAAAAGAGCUGCUCCUUUCAACAACUGGAUGGAAGGUGCUAUGGAAGACCUGCAGGACAUGUUUAUUGUUCAUAGCAUAGAGGAAAUUCAGAGUUUAAUUUCCGCACAUGAUCAGUUUAAAGCUACUUUGCCAGAGGCAGAUGGUGAAAGACAGGCCAUACUGUCAAUCCAGAAUGAAGUUGAAAAAGUUAUUCAGAGUUACAGCAUGAGAAUAAGUGCAAGCAAUCCUUACAGCACUGUUACUGUGGAAGAGAUUCGUAGCAAGUGGGAAAAGGUGAAGCAGCUGGUGCCUCAAAGGGAUCAAUCCUUGCAGGAGGAACUAGCCCGCCAGCACGCCAAUGAGCGCCUGCGUCGCCAGUUUGCUGCUCAGGCCAAUGUCAUUGGGCCAUGGAUCCAGACCAAGAUGGAGGAAAUUGCCCGCAGCUCUAUUGAAAUGACAGGGCCUUUGGAGGACCAGAUGAAUCAGCUGAAGCAAUAUGAGCACAAUAUCAUUAAUUAUAAACACAACAUUGACAAACUGGAAGGAGAUCAUCAGCUUAUACAAGAAGCCCUGGUGUUUGACAACAAGCACACCAACUAUACUAUGGAGCACAUCCGUGUUGGAUGGGAGCUCCUACUUACCACCAUUGCUCGAACUAUCAAUGAGGUUGAGACUCAGAUCCUCACAAGAGAUGCCAAGGGUAUCACCCAGGAACAGAUGAAUGACUUCCGAGCAUCAUUCAAUCAUUUUGACAGGGAUGAAUCUGACAAUCUACAUUCUGAUGAAUUUAAAGCCUGCCUCAUCAGUCUAGGACAGGUUGGAAAUGACCUGCAGAGGAAGAAUGGAUUGAUGGACCACGAUGAUUUCAGAGCUUGCUUAAUUUCAAUGGGUUACGAUUUGGGUGAAGCUGAGUUUGCCCGAAUCAUGUCUCUGGUUGACCCCAAUGGGCAAGGAACCGUUACUUUCCAGUCCUUCAUUGACUUCAUGACCAGAGAAACGGCAGACACAGACACGGCUGAGCAAGUGAUAGCUUCCUUCAGAAUCCUGGCUUCAGAUAAGCCUUAUAUCCUGGCAGAUGAGUUACGUCGAGAGCUGCCUCCUGAGCAGGCUCAGUACUGCAUCAAGAGAAUGCCCCCGUACACCGGCCCAGGUUCUGUUCCUGGGGCUCUGGAUUACACCUCUUUUUCAUCAGCACUGUAUGGAGAGAGCGACCUCUGAUUCUGUAAUUGGCCGUAUUCAUGGUAGACACUAAAAAUACCCACCUUAUUGCCCAGAUUGCUUCUCAAAAGCUUUGACAAGCUGAUUAAAAAAUGAGUUUUACAAAUACAGUAGGUACCGUCAAUGUAAAGUGCUAGUAAUUAAAGUAACUAGUGUAUAUUAAAGUGUGUGGCACGCUAGAUUUCUGCAUUGUUGGUUUUAGGUUGUCUGUCCUAUACAACGCUAGAAAAUACAU